GGAUCCGGCCGGAAGUUGCUGGAUCCGGCUUCCGGAGACGACGCCGGCAACGCUUUUCCAGCUGCUGCCUCCCCUUUACGGUGUCUCCCGCCCGCGUGGGGCGAGUCCUGCGGCCGCCGGGGGCACCGAGCCCGGGACCAUGAGCGUGGGCUUCAUCGGCGCGGGCCAGCUGGCCUAUGCGCUGGCGCGGGGCUUCACGGCCGCGGGCAUCCUGUCGGCUCACAAGAUCAUAGCCAGCUCCCCGGACAUGGACCUGCCCACGGUGUCCGCGCUCAGGAAGCUGGGGGUGAGCCUGACCCGGAGCAACAAGGAGACGGUGAGGCACAGCGACGUGCUGUUCCUGGCCGUGAAGCCGCACAUCAUCCCCUUCAUCCUGGACGAGAUCGGCGCCGACGUGCAGGCCCGGCACAUCGUGGUGUCCUGUGCCGCCGGCGUCACCAUCAGCUCGGUGGAGAAGAAGCUGACGGCCUUCCAGCCGGCGCCCAAGGUGAUCCGCUGCAUGACCAACACGCCCGUGGUGGUGCGGGAGGGCGCCACGGUGUACGCCACGGGCACCCACGCGCUGGUGGAGGACGGGCAGCUGCUGGAGCAGCUCAUGAGCAGCGUGGGCUUCUGCACGGAGGUGGAGGAGGACCUGAUCGAUGCCGUCACCGGGCUCAGCGGCAGCGGGCCCGCCUACGCGUUCAUGGCCCUGGACGCGCUGGCUGACGGCGGGGUGAAGAUGGGCCUGCCCCGGCGCCUGGCCCUCCGGCUGGGGGCCCAGGCCUUGCUGGGCGCUGCCAAGAUGCUGCUGGACUCGGAGCAGCACCCAGGCCAGCUCAAGGACAACGUCUGCUCCCCCGGGGGGGCCACCAUCCACGCCCUGCACUUCCUGGAGAGUGGGGGCUUCCGCUCGCUGCUCAUCAACGCGGUCGAGGCCUCCUGCAUCCGCACACGAGAGCUGCAGUCCAUGGCCGACCAGGAGAAGAUCUCCCCUGCCGCCCUCAAGAAGACCCUCCUGGACAGAGUGAAGCUGGAGUCCCCGACAGUGUCCACGCUGACCCCCUACAGCUCCUCGAUGGUCCUCACUCGAAGCCCGGCCCCGGGAGGCAAGAAGGACUGAGACCGAGCAGCCCCCGUUGGAAGAUGCCUGGCAGGGGCGGUAGAUGCUAGAAGCCAGGUGAACCCGCACAUUCCCGCUGUCAGAGCCCCAGCUCAGGUGGGAGGCCUGGGAGGACCGCCCUCUGCUGUCCUCCAGCGCAAGCCCAGAGCGGCGUCAGUGCGAUGCCACGUCAGGGAGGGGAGGGGUCAACCCAUGACAAGGGCACUCCUCUUGGCAUGAGCGUGGGCAGCAUGGAAUUGUCCCCAGCAGGCACGCACCACCUGAGGCCGUGCUGGAUAGAGAAACUGAUUCAUUCCCGCUAAGUUCAGCCGCUUUAAUAAAGUUUUAUUUUUUAUUA